AUGGCAGCAACGAACGUAAAUAAGUGACAGCUACUAGUCUUGCUACUGUGCGUUAUUUAAUUUUAUUAUCAUCGAAAAGUAUUUUAUAAAAUAUAAACAAAUAAUGCUGGGAAAGUUAAAUGCAAAUGAAAUAUUUUCUUGAGGUUUAUGUGUAAUUUGCUAAGCAAGAAUAAAAUAUGUAACUUCUUGAAGAUAGAAAGGGAAUUUAUCACAUUCAAUUGCUACCAUUUCAAUAAUCAUUCAUCAAAAUGAUGCAUUACGGGCCUUGGAUUCAUCAACAAGCAAUCUUGGAUAACCAUCAGUAUUACACCCCAUAUAUCGCUGUGCUGCCACAAUUUCAACAUCGUAAUCAAGAACAACAAGAUUUGGAUGAAGAAGAAAGUGAACAAACUGGAGAUGAAACGCAUGAUACAAUGACUUCUGCUACAUCAGGAGAACGCAGUUCUAGCGCUGACCUUUUCAGAUUGCAAUUUGCAGCAACACAAUGGUCUAAGUUAGUUUCUAAUGCAGAAGGAUUAUUCAACAAACUUAUGACAAGUAAUAUCUUACCACAUACAGAACAAGAUCAAAUCGAACAAUGGCUUUGUAUGAAACAGGAAUACGAAGAGUGCAUUACUAAUGACGAUACGGCUAGUUUACAUGGUUUUCCUGAAAAUACUAGAAAAUCUUUAGAAAGAAUUGAAGAGGUAACAGAAACUGAUGAGAAAACUGACGAAUCUAUAAAUAGAGGAGAAUUAAAAAAUAAUUCUAAUAGUUCGUCAGUCACGGAUAGUGAUAUAUCAGAACCUGAAGAAGAUGAAGAUGAUGAGGAUGAGGAUGAUCAUAGCGAUGUAAGUUCAGAAAGUCCAGACUUUUUAGAGAAACUCAACGAAUGUAUGAAUAAAUUGAAAAUAGAUACAGAUACUAUUGUUGAGUCAAAGAAAGAUAUAUUUAGAGAAACUAAUAUAGAAAUCCUUCCAACUAUGAUAAAAUCUAUUAAUGCUAAUAAUAAUUAUGUUCCAUUAGCAAAACCAAUUCCUACUAGGAAUCCAAAUUCCAGGCGAAAUUCUAUGCUUCCUGGUUCAGAAAUGUGUAAGGAAGUUUUAGCUUUUAAUGAUAACUUCAAACCGUAUCAAAAUCAUAUGCUUAAUAAAAAAACAACUGAAUUCACAGAUACUAAUAUUUUUGACAAUUACGAAUCUGUAACACUCGGUAAUGAAAAUCUUACCGUUCAAAAUGAUAACUCUCCAGAUUUAUUGAUAGAUGCUCUUAAAACUACAAAUGUUCCAGAACCGAUCAAAGAAUUAAAAUCAUUGACAUUAAAUAACGAAGCUAAGCAGACACAGGUCAGAAAAAUUCAAUCAGAUUUAGAUGGAGCCCAUAAACGUAUUGAGGAAUUACAAACGACUAUAAAAAUCAAGGAACGUUUUAUUGCAGAUAUGGUCAAAAAUUCAGAUGCUAGAGCGAGUGCAAAAUAUAGAUUUCAAAGAAAAUGGAGUAAAUUAGAGGAAGAAUAUUACAAUACCAGAUCUCAAUUAGCACAAGCAGAAAAUGCAUCCAUAUAUAAGGAUUCAGAAGAAAAAUCAACCCAUAAAAAGGAAAUUGAGUUAUAUAAAAAUUUGGCGAUACAUUAUGAAAAAAGAUUAAUGGAUAUAGAAAUGAUCAAACAGAUAGCCGGUGAUUCGGCUAAGAAAGUUUUGGAGCUUGAAAGUUCGUUGAAUACAUCUAAAAAACAAAUGGAAAAAUUAAAAAAGCAAUUGAAAAAGGAGGAAGAACGUAAAAGAGCAUUGGAAGAUGAAUUGGCUGAAGAUCAGAAAAAGAUUCGUGAAUUAGAAGAGAAAUAUAAUCUAACAGCAUCUAAAUUAAAAGAAAUCCAAUCGGAGAGUGAAGAUGAAAAGAAUAAUACUAAAUUAAAAGCUGGUUUUUGUUCCGAGAAGAAGAAAAAUUUACAAGAUGUAAGCGCUAGAAUAUCUCAUCUUGAUCACGUUUUGAAAGAAAAAUCAAUGGAUUUAGAGAGAACAGCAGAUACUGACGAGAAGGAAGCACUUCGUCAUGAAAUUCGAAAUUUAAGGCGUACGAGAGAUUGUCUGGUUGAUGAAAAAUGUGAUUUGGAUGAAAAAUUUCAAAAAGAAAAAACUUUAAGCACAGUAGAAGAACGCCAACUCUUAGAAUGUGGAGAAACUAUCGAAGCAAUUGAUGCAAUGAUAGAGCAUAAAAAUGAAAUGAUCUGUGGACGGAAAGGUUUUGAUGAAAAUCAAUCCCAACGUGAAAAGGGAGAACGUAUGUUAAUGGAACGAUUGGCAAAACUUUCUGACGGUGAAAUGAGAACUUUGUUUUAUAAAUAUUUUCUUAAGGUGAUCGAUCUCAAAGAGAGUUCCAAAAAUUUGGAAGUCCAAACUGCUGAACUUGAAACUCACGUUGAGGUUCAGGAAUGGCGUAUACAAACUUUAACUAAUGCUUUAAAACAGACUAAAUUGGAAGCAGAAAGAAGAAUUGUAUUGAUGCAAAGAGAACACGAAGAAAAAUUACAUUUAAUGUUUAGGCAUAUUGCUGAGGAAACCAGUAGUUCGGGACAUGAGAGAUUAGAUAAUGAUACAGAAUUAACCAAAUAUAAAAGAGAAAAUCGAGCUUUAAGAAAACGAUUGGCAGAUGUUGAAGCUUUGAUUAAAGGUCCAACGGCACCACGUACGGCAAGUCCAGCCAAAAUUCCACAGCAGGGAUUGAAACAAAUUUCUGCCGCUGGUCGUCCUGUAACCAAAGUAACUAGACAACGUAAUAAGCUCAUAAUACAAAAGACUACUGACUGUGAAAAGAGAAAACAGUGAGUCGUAUUUAAUUAUUUAUGUUCAUAUAAAGAGAGUCAUUAUGUCAUUUUUCUAUUUACGUGAAAAUUUUGUUUUCUUUUAUAUAUCUGGUGAAUUGCUUAAGACCAGUGUCACUAGAAUAAAAAUGUAAAAAUGAAGUACUUAUAUUAAGUCAAACUUGUUAAAAAAUGUUGCCAUAGUUACAUGUAUAAUAGAAAAAUUAAUAAUUCAUUUAUUAUUAUUACAUAUAAGAUUUAGU